AGGGCGGGAAGCGGAAAAGGUCCUAGAAGACUCUCGCGGAGAACGUGCGCGGAGGGGUCGGGACGUCCGAGGGCACGUGGUCCCCCUGAGUCAGUGGCAGCCGGGAGAGAGGUGGGCCUAGCGCGUCCCGUGGCUGUCCUGUACCUGCGAGGAGGGCGAUUUCUUCAAAAGGUUUUGCUCUUACUGGAAGCUGAAGAGCCUUUUUGUUGAAGGAAUGUUCUGAUCUAUUCUCUGUGACCUUUCGUGACAUACCUGAAGACAAUGAUUUGAUUAUGAUUCUCCUCCAACAGUAUAAUACAUUUGCAAUGUUUUGCCCUAGUGGCAAUUUUUUGGUUCCAAGAGUGCUAUAAACUGGAGCAAUAUACAACAGUAUCAGCACAAUGCUGCUACCGUCGACCAAAAUGCAAAAAACGUUUCAGCUGGCAUAUAGGACCUGUCUGCUAUCCUAUCGCUCCUAUAUCUUUACAUGCAUAAAAGAAAAAACAUUCUUACAUCCUAUGAAACAGAAAACGAUCUCCUUGGUCCUCAGCUGCCAAAGCCAAAAUCUACACAUGUCUGCUCCUCUUUGUGUUUCCAAGGAAGGGGGCUUCGUGGGCAAGACAUCUUCCCAACCUGAAGACCCUCACAAUAAAGAACUGAACAGAGAAGAUCUUACCACAUCAGCUGGUAGUUUUGCCAAGGGAACACCUAUAGAGCCCAGUUCUGUAGAGCUUGACCCUUUACAAGAUAAAUCAAUUAGUCUUGUGCAGAGAUUCAAGAAAACUUUUAAACAGUAUGGCAAAGUUCUGAUUCCAGUGCAUCUUUUCACUUCCAGCAUAUGGUUUGGAACUUUUUACUAUGCAGCUUUAAAGGGAAUAAAUGUCGUUCCAUUUCUUGAAUUCAUAGGGUUGCCUGAAAGCAUUAUAAACAUUCUAAAGCAGUCUCAAAGUGGAAAUGCAUUAACUGCCUAUGCAUUGUAUAAGAUUGCAACUCCAGCCCGAUACACAGUGACGUUAGGAGGAACGUCCAUCACCGUGAAGUAUCUUCGCAAGCAUGGGUAUAUGUCCACACCACCACCUGUGAAGGAAUAUAUUCAGGACCGAAUGGAAGAAACAAAAGAGCGACUCUCAGGAAAAAUGGAGGAAACAAGAGACAUGAUUAGUGGCAAAAUGGAAGAAACAAAAGAAAAAUUAACUGAGAAAAUGGAAGAAACAAAAGAAAAAUUAACUGAGAAAAUGGAAGAAACAAAAGAGAGGAUAACUGAAAAGAUACAAGAAACCAAAGAGAAAGUUUCAUUUAUAAAGAAGAAAGAAUAGGAAAGUUGGCAUGAGAGGUGACAUUUUUAACCCUUUAGAAUAUCUGAAAUAUAUGUUCUUGCUACUAUUCAUUUCUACUUUGUUGUAGGCUGACUAGAAAUUUGAAAGCUAAAAAUAUAACAUUUAAGACUUGCACUCGCCUUAAUAAAAAUUAUCCAACGUUUUUCAAUGUAGGAUAUGGUAAAUGCAACAGCUUUCUCCACAAUUGAGUUCCUGAAGAAUAUUCUGUGGUUGUCCCAUCAGUGGCUUGACUGGAUUUAUGGAGAGACAAAUACUGUCUGCACAUCUGAUGGAGCUGACAUUCUUACCUGGCAUUAUUCACCUGCUGUAAAACAAAGUAUUAAAAUGGCUGGGUCAUGUAAACAGUGUCUUGAAUAUUCGAAAUUGUGUCAAUAUUUGUAUAUUAAUUAAACUUACUAUCUCUAGGAAGAUCAGGUAAUUAGAAAACUAUAUUAUGUUCCAUAUUCCUGUUAUAAAAAACUUGACUUAAAAUGAUGUGUGAGGCUCAGUGAAAUGGUACUAAAUAUAAUUGCAUAUUUAUUUUACGAAAUUAGGCUAAAAUAAGUAUUACAUUUCAUGUCACUGAUAAAUAUUUAAAAAGGAAAGCGAUAGAUCUAUCUUUGUUCAUGGAAUAAAUAUUUACAUCUCUGUAACUCUGCUUAGUGAAAAAAAUGAAACACACCAUUUUCAUAGAAAAUCCUCCAAUAUUUCUAUUAGAGGCUAAACACAACAUUAUUGUGCUAUUGAAUGCUAUGGAUUCAUCUCAGGUGUGUGCCUUGGAUUUUUUUGGCGGGGGGGUGGACAAGAUCAAGAGGCAUUUCCAUGUUUUGUAUUGUUUGAGUGACCAUAGCUUUGAACAUUGGCAUUCCAGGUAUUUCUCUUGUGUUGAAAGAAAAGGUCAUGGGCAGGUGACGGUAUAAGGAAUGGAAGCAUCAGGGUGAGAAGAACCUUAGAAAUGACUGUUGCAUCCAUGUUAAGAUCCAUGGUUUAUAUCACUACCUCUGUUGUGAGUUGAAGGAAUGGUUUCAAAGUACUUCACAUUAAUGUAACUCAAACACUUUGUCCAGUUUAUAAUUCAAUUACUUUGGAACUGUAUGAUUAUUAUUUUUUAAAAUCUGAUUUGCUUCUUUCAUUUCUGUUAAAUUAAAACAAAAUAUCUGACACUAGUUAGUCUUAAAAGCUCUCUGUUCAAGAAGCGUUAAAAAAGUGGUUAGUGAAGUGAUAGGGACCCAGGAGACCACUAUGAGCCAAUUACCAAAAUCAACCUCGCCUACCUUUAAAGCAGUUGGUUUAGAAAAUGUAU